GUCACUGAAUGUUUCCUCUUCACGAAGGAGGUGCUCAGUCACUCGGAAGCGGGUAAAUUAAUUAUGGAAAAAAGCAAGAAACUGCGUUUAAAAAGAAAAGUGCCUCAACAGAAACGACCUGUAGCAACAGAAGUGUUAGGACAGAAUCCAAAUGAAGCAGAAACCGUUACAUUAUCCUCCGACUCGGAGUGUGAUGACGGCCAAUCCAGUAAACGAAGAAAAAUCGAGUAUCAGCAAACCGAUUCAGAAGAACUUCAAGAAGGAAAAAGAGAAUUUCUACAUACAAAGAACCCCAGCUUGAAUAAAUUGAGAGAAAUGAUACUGUCUUUGUCACCUCGAGAUGUAGAUAUUACUAAUUUAUCCCCAUUUCCUGCCUUCAAUACACAGGUCCAAGAAACUGAGGGUAGGUUGAAGAAUAAGGUCAGCAUAGUCAAAGGGAGAUUACAAGCAGUUGCUGAAUUUCAGUCAGGGAAAAUGUUAUCUCCUUUCCCAAAACUUUGCAGACAUUUUCGAAAGUCUUCAAAGCAGAUACAGAAAGGUCUGUCAACUGAAAUUAGUGCAGAAGAGUCUGGAACAGAUACAGAAACUUCUAAAUCAGUGGAUAUACAUGAUAAACAUGAGCAAGGAUCUUUGAAUUCCUCAAAAUUUAAUAAUAGAGAAUUAAAACAUGUAUCUCAUUUUACUAAGGUAGAUACUGGUAGCGAGAUUGGAGUUCGGCAACGUCAUAUAGGUGAAUAUAGAGAUGAAAAUAGUUCAAUUAUUAGAGAUAGAAAUUCAAAUUACUAUGCCCUGCAAUCUCAGAAUACAGAUGGGAGACGAGAGAGAAAGAAAUUAGAACCAGCCAAGUCAAAUAGUACCAGUGACAAACUUGGUACUUUGAAAAGGGUAUCACAGAGGAAGUCUGAAAAGGAAGAAGCAGGUGAAUUUGUAAAGUCGGGUAACAUUUUAGUAAAUAAACAUGAUUCAAGGCUAGACAAAGAGCUAACCACAGGUAUACAAAAAACGCAUUCAAUUGGAGGUGAAAAUAAGAGAAAUGAAACUAAAAAUGGUGAUCGUCACACAAGUCUACAGGACAAGUUUACUACAAGACUACCUCGAGUUAAUUCUACCUUGGAUAAAAAUAUAAGAGAAGAAUCUAAUGUCAGUAUAAUGUUACAGAAAAACUGUACAACUAGUAUACGAAGCACACAUUCUACUAAAGGAGAUCAAAAUAUGGGAGAAGUAAGUCCAGAUAGGGUUGUGCUAGAGAAUACAUUCACUGCUGGGAUACCUCGAAGAAACUCUUCAAAAGCAGGUGAAGAUGUGAGAGAAGGAAACAAAGAAAGUGCUACACUCCAGAGCUGUCCUUUAUGUCAAAUGAAAUUUGAUUCUAGGAUUGGUCAGAUUGAGCUGGAUAGUCAUAUAGCAGCAUGCUUGUCUACCUCAGAAGAUGAUGUCCUCUGGUGACAUCAGCAGAUAUACUGUGACAUAGGAAAACUUGAAAACAAGAUUAUGGGACACUGUGAAGUAAAAGUACAAAUAUUUAAGUCUACCUCAAAAGAGACAGAAUAUUGUACAUGUUGUGUUUUUAGCUCACCUGUCACAAAGUGACAAGGUGAGCUUUUGUGAUCGCGCGGUGUCCGUCGUCCGUCCGUGCGUGCGUGCGUCUGUAAACUUUUGCUUGUGACCACUCUAGAGGUCACAUUUUUCAUGGGAUUUUUAUGAAAGUUGGUCAGAAUGUUCAUCUUGAUGAUACCUAGGUCAAGUUCGAAACUGGGUCACGUGCCAUCAAAAACUAGGUCAGUAGGUCUAAAAAUAGAAAAACCUUGUGAUCUCUCUAGAGGCCAUAUAUUUGACAAGAUCUUCAUGAAAAUUGGUCAGAACGUUCACUUUGAUGAUAUCUAGGUCAAGUUCGAAACUGGGUCAUGUGCCAUCAAAAACUAGGUCAGUAGUUCAAAUAAUAAAAAAACCUUGUGACCUCUCUAUUGGCCAUAUUUUUCAUGGGAUCUGUAUGAAAGUUGGUCUGAAUGUUCAUCUUGAUGAUAUCUAGGACAAGAUCGAAACUGGGUCAUGUGCGGUCAAAAACUAGGUCAGUAGGUCUAAAAAUAGAAAAACCUUGUGACCUCUCUAGAGGCCAUAUAUUUCAUGAGAUCUUCAUGAAAAUUGGUCAGAAUGUUCACCUUGAUGAUAUCUAGGUCAAGUUCGAAAGUGGGUCAUGUGCCUUCAAAAACUAGGUCAGUAGGUCAAAUAAUAGAAAAACCUUGUGACCUCUCUAGAGGCCAUAUUUUUCAUGGGAUUUGUAUGAAAGUUGGUCUGAAUGUUCAUCUUGAUGAUAUCUAGGUCAAGUUCGAAAGUGGGUCAGGUGCCAUCAAAAACUAGGUCAGUAGGUCAAAUAAUAGAAAAACCUUGUGACCUCUCUAAAGGCCAUAUUUUUCAUGGGGUCUGUAUGAAAAUUGGUCUGAUUGUUCAUCUUGAUGAUAUCUAGGUCAAAUUCGAAACAGGGUCAUGUGCGAUCAAAAACUAGGUCUGUAGGUCUAAAAAUAGAAAAACCUUGUGACCUCACUAGAGGCCAUACUUGUGAAUGGAUCUCCAUAAAAAUUGGUCAGAAUGUUCACCUUGAUGAUAUCUAGAUCAAGUUUGAAACUGGGUCACGUGCCAUAAAAAACUAGGUCAGUAGGUCAAAUAAUAAAAAAAACUUUGUGACCUCUCUAGAGGCCAUACUUUUCAUGGGAUCUGUAUGAAAGUUGGUCUGAAUGUCCAUCUUGAUGAUAUCUAGGUCAAGUUUGAAACUGGGUCAACUGCAGUCAAAAACUAGGUCAGUAGGUCUAAAAUUAUUAAAAUCUUUAGACCUCUCUAGAGGCCAUAUUUUUCAAUGGAUCUUCAUGAAAAUUGAUCUGAAUGUUCACCUUGAUGAUAUCUAGGUCAGUUUCAAAACUGGGUCACGUGCGGUCAAAAACUAGGCCAGUAGAUAUAAAAAUAGAAGAACCUUGUGACCUCUCUAGAGGCCAUAUUUUUCAUGAGAUCUUCAUGAAAAUUAGUGAGAAUGUUCACCUUGAUGAUAUCUAGAUAAAGUUCAAAACAGGGUCACGUACCUUGGAAAACUAGGUCAAUAGGUCAAAUAAUAGAAAACCUUGUGACCUCUCUAGAGACCAUAUUUUUCAAUGGAUCUUCAUGAAAAUUGGUCAGAAUUUUUAUCUUGAUAAUAUCUAGGUCACAUUCAAAACUGGGUCACAUGAGCUCAAAAACUAGGUCACUAUGUCAAAUAAUAGAAAAAACGACGUCAUACUCAAAACUGGGUCAUGUGGGAAGAGGUGAGCGAUUCAGGACCAUCAUGGUCCUCUUGUUUAAUUUGAAGCCAAUUUAAAAAAUGAAACAAUUAAAAAAUUAAAUAUGUGCUAUUAUUUAUGACAAGAUGACAAUUAUCAGUGAUUUCUAUAUGUUUUGCAGAUUAAAUCUAUAUUUUGAA